AUGGCGUGGAGUAAUCCCAUCGCGUUCCGGCCCGGCCAGGUCACCUUCUGGACGACCGUCAUCUACCUCGCCUUGCUCAUCCCCAUCCUGGUUGUCCACAACACCGUGCCCUCCGUCCCCGCGGAGAAGAAGUUACCCCAUGGCGUCAAUAUGACAGAGGCGUGGCACGACCUUGCCAGCUUGACCAAAGAGUUCCAUCCUUAUAACAGCCGCGCAAACGACAGGGUGCGCGAUUGGCUGCUGCUGCGGACCCAAGAGAUCCUCGACUCCAAUGGCGUGUCCUGGUCUAGUGAGACCGAUGAGCCGGCCUCUGCAUCUCUCUCUGAGCACCAGGCGACUGUAUUCAAUGACAUUGUGUCAAACAUCACCUUCAAUGAGACGAGCAAGCCCCCGUCGUACUUUGAGGGCAACAAUGUAAUGGUCUACAUCCGCGGCCAGGACGACGAUGAAGGUGAUUGGUGGAAGCAGCCGUAUGCCGAGAUUGAGCAUCGUGCAAAGGCCUUCGGGAAGGGAGGUGUAUUGGUGAAUUCACACUACGAUUCGGUGUCGACUGGCUAUGGUGCCACUGAUGAUGGCAUGGGUGUGAUCACCUGUCUUCAGCUCAUACGGUACUUCACCGUACCUCAGAACAAGCCUCGCCGAGGUCUAGUUGUUCUAUUUAACAAUGGCGAGGAAGAUCUACUCAACGGAGCUCGAGCAUUCGGCAAAACCCCGCUCCUCCCUUUCAUCCAUACCUUCUUAAACCUCGAGGGUGCUGGGGCUGGAGGUCGUGCUACAGUUUUCAGGGCCACCGACACCGAGGUCACAAAUGCGUACCGGCGCGCACCUCACCCCUUUUCAUCGGUAGUUUCUAGCGACAGCUUUAAGCUUGGCAUGAUCAGGAGCCAGACGGACUAUGUCAUCUGGGAAAAGUUCGGCCACAGAGGUAUCGACAUGGCUUUCUACAGUCCUCGCUCACUCUACCACACGAACCAAGAUGACGUACGGCACGCUUCUCAGGAGAGCCUAUGGCACAUGCUCUCCGGAUCUCUAGCAACGGUCAGCGGCUUGUCCGGCGACACUGGCAAGACGUUUAUUGGACCCCGCCCAGACGGCCGCAAGGAUAUGGUUGCCAACGGAAAGCCCACUCGUGGGGUCUGGUUCGACCUCUUCGGGGAGAAGCUUGUGUUGUUCCGUCUUAGAGCGAUGUUCGCAUGGUCUCUCACCAUCCUCAUUGUCAGUCCGCUAGCACUGCUACUCAUUACCUACCUUGUGCACAGAAGCGACAAGAACUACAUUUUCAGCACAUAUGUCUGGAUCGGCGAGGAACCAGACCGGGAGAAGGUCUCCACCGGAGGACUCAAGGGUCUCUUCCGCUUCCCACUUGCCUUGAUCGUCGCUGGCGGCUUGACAGUUGGCGCUGCCUUACUAUUGAGGAAGGUCAACCCCCUGAUUGUUCAUAGCAGCUCCUAUGCUGUCUGGGCCAUGUCAUUGUCACUGUUUUAUUUUGCAUUUUGGACCAUCAUGCGGGGUGCUGAUUUUGCCAGGCCCAGCGCGCUUCAUCGAGCAUACACCCACUUCUGGCUUUUUGUGAUCGGUUGGACGGCUCUUGUUGCUGCCACCGUCUUUGAAGACAGAUUCAACAUUGCUUCUGGCUACAUUGCUGUCUUCUGGCAGUCGCAGGUGUUCCUGUCGGCGCUCGUUGGAGCUCUCGAAUUCCUUGCUCUACCCAAGCGGAAGACAUUCGCCCUGGAGGCGCAAGAUGAUGACGAGGUCCGUGAUCACCUACAUGCCGUCCCCCACAGCGAUUCCCUCAUUGCGCCAAGUGCAGACGAGGCUGAGGGCGAGUCGGCUGUUCGGGAUGAGGAGGAUGAAGAGGAGGGACCUACAGAGACCACAGCCCUUAUUGGACGAUCGAACGAUGACAAUGCCAGGACCACCUUCUCGACCGGCUACCGCCGCACUCUGUCCAACAUGCUAGAUCCCAGCCGGCGCGACACCGAGAAAGGACCGAACCAGCCCUACCUCCACGAGCAGAACUGGUCCGGUUCCCUGCCCAGCUCGGCUUGGUUCCUGCAGUUUCUGUUGCUCGGACCAUUCACAAUCAUCCUAUCUGCUCCGCUUGCUCUUGCAUUGUCAUACAGUAUCAACCAGACUGGUGAAGACGGUAGUCCGCUCCUGCUUCCUUACUUGCUGAUUGCUGUCUUUAGCAUCUUGCUAUUGCUGCCCGUCACCCCUUUCAUUCACCGGGUCACUCAUCAUGUCCCGCUCUUCUUGCUAUUGGUCUUUGCUGGCACCCUGAUCUACAACCUGGUUGCUUUCCCGUUCUCGCCAGCGAACCCGUGCAAGAUCUACUUUGCUCAGGAGCUUGACCUCGACACUGGCGCCACCAAGGUUGUCUAUACCGGGCUUGAGCAGUAUAUCAGGCCCGUCAUUUCUCAGAUCCCCUCUGCGGCGGGCAAGCACCUCGAUUGCCGACACGGCAACGGCUCAGACACCCUCGUCACAUGCAGCUACGACGCUGCCGAACUCGCGCCUCACCUGAACCCGGACAUCGCGCCAGGAAUUCCGCCACAGAAGGGCUACGAGGGACUGAUCACGAUCAACACGUUUGCCCCUGGAAACAACAAGGCCACUCUCAUGAUUGACGCGGUGGACACGCGCGCUUGCCUCUUGAGCUUCAAGAAGCCGGUGGCGAGCGUGCAUGUCCACGGAUCCGACAAGGAGUGGGACUCGCGGUACGGGCCCGUAGACAGCAGGCACAUCGACGAGUUUAUGCUGUGGCGCAGGGACUGGGAUAAGACGUGGGUUGUGGAUGUAGAAUGGGACGACGAGGACAGCAGCAGCAGCAGCAGCUUGCUGGUCGAGGGGUCGCAUGAGGUCUCGGAUCAGCUGAGUGACGCGAUGGGUGGUCCGGACGAGCUGAAGAAGAGGGUCGCGAGCGGCCUCGAGGGCUUCGUGACCUGCUCCUGGAGCGAUGCCAACACCAAGGGCGUCAUCCCGGCGAUUGACGAGGCGUGGCAGUACGCUCCGACGUGGGUGCGGGUUACGAAGCGCCGGGUUGGUCUGGUCGAGGGGAGGAAGAGCUUCAUGAUGUGA